AUGAUACAAGAAGAAUCUCUUCCUCAACGUUUUCUUGAUGCUGAUCAAGAAUCUCAACAAAUUUUAAUACCAAUUAGUGGAUAUGAAAAAUAUCCACUUGUAUCUUUAAAAGAAUCUAUUCAACCAAUUAAGUCUUUAUUAUAUAAUUGUGAUACAAUGAUUGAAGUGGCAUUAAGAAAUUCUCGUCAACCAAAAGAUGCCUUAUAUAAACUUCCAUCAUAUAAAGGAACAGUGUGGCGUGGUGUUAAAGGUAAUUUAUCUGAUCAAUAUAAUGAAGAACAUUUCUGGUGGGGAUUUAGUUCUUGUACUGAAACAAUAUCAAGAAUUGAAACAUUUAUAGGAAAUAAUCAGACAAAAACUAUUUUUAAUAUUGAAUGUUCAUAUGGAAAAUUCAUUCAAUCACAUUCAUAUUAUCGUCGAGAAAAUGAAAUUCUUCUUCUUCCUGGUACUUAUUUUCAAAUCGUUGAUAAAAUGAAAGUAUCAAAUGAUUUAUUUAUAAUACAUUUACGUGAAAAGAUGCCACCAUUUCAAACCAUUACAUCACCAUUUCAUGAUUCUUCAUCAGAAAUUGCAUCAAUAACCAGUUCGGUAACUGUUAAUAAUGCAACAAAUAAUUUGGCAGAUCAAACUGAUCUUGUUAUUUCACAUAAUUCUUCUAAACAUGAAGAAUUUAACAACAAUAAUCUAAAUCAAACAAUUUCAAUAUCAAAAUCAAAUGCAAAUAAUUUUAUGCAAAUGAAAACAAAUAAUUCAUCAAAUAUUUUCAAGAAAUUCUUUUUUUCUCAUAAUCUGGUUUCAUGA